UUCAUUCUCUAUCGCAUAGUGUGGAACAAAUUCUUCUGCAAAACCAAUUGCCAAAAUCAUCUAUCCAUCCGCCGGUGUUAAACCCUACAAUUUUGAUCCUAUAAACUCUCCGUUUGUUCUUCAGUACUGCUGCAAUGGAGAAAGUUGAAAGAUCAUUACAAGAUCAGUCCGGUGGCAACGAUGACUCUAGGAAAAAUAAGAAGAUAUCUAUGGUCGCUUCUUCAAAAAUUGGAGCUGCAAGAUGCAGUAACAAGGACAAACUAGUAGGUCUUGAACACCGAUUAGAUAAACCUCUGCAGCAGAGUAAUAGGACACAAGUGAGCAAACUUCAUCAGGUACCUGCCAUGAAAGCGAAAUUUCAGAAAACUGCAGUUGCAGGGCCAGACGUGAAGAGUUCUUCAGUUCAUAAUUUAAAGAGUAAAAAUCCGAUAACCCACGGUACGGGCCCAGGCGUGAAGAGUUCUUCAGUUCAUAAUUCAAGGAGUAAAAAUCCAGUAACUGAAGGUGCAGGCCCUGGCGCUAACAAUUUAAGGAGUAAAACUCCAAUAACUGAAGGUGUGGGCCUUGGCGCGAAGAAUUUAAGGAGUAAAACUCCGAUAACGGAAGGUGCAGGCCCAGGCGCGAAGAGUUCUUCAGUUUUUAAUUCAAGGAGUAAAAAGCCAAUAGCUAAAAGUGCGGGCCCAGGUGUGAAGAAUGCUCCAGUUUAUAAUUUAAGGAGUAAAAAUCCGAUAACCGAAGGUGCUACAAGAUCUAAUCUGAGGAGUAACGUUCAGAAAACCGAUGCUCAGAGUGCCUCUAUAAAUAUUCAAAAAAGGAAAAUCCCAAGAAAAGAUAGUUCUAAAGAUUCUUCAGUAGCUAUGCAGAAGACAAAAAUUUCGAAAAAUUCUACAAAACCUAUUAAAAAGAUUGAAACCCCAAAACCGUUAACUGCAUCACCGGCUGAACUAGACAGGAAGAAUCAUCCUUUGAUUAGUCAACACGAACUGUUCUUACGUGAACCAGUUUAUCAUGUCAGAUGGGAAGGUGAAGAUGUGGAGAAUGGGCCAUUAGGGCACAACUGCGUAUUAUGCGAUAAGGAUCUUUCACGUGCACCAGAAGAUGAUGAUGAUGAUGAUGAUGAUGAUUCUGAAUAUAACGAUGAUACACAAUAUGAUGUUGAUGAUGAGUAUUAUGAUGAAUAUGAUCUCAAUCCUCCUCUUCUUCCUGCUGUUGAUAUUCUUUCGUGUGGCCAUGCAUACCAUACCGAGUGCUUGCAAGAAGUUACGCCUACAGAACAAUCGAGUGAUCCCCAAUGCAUUUUGUGUUAUAGUCUUGAAGAAUAAUUUUUUGAAACCAUUUUUUAGUACAUGAUGAAAAUUGCUAAUCAGGUGAUAGAGGGUAUAGAAAUUACAGCGGUGAGCUUCUUGUUGAUGUGAUUAAAACAGAACUGGUAAAGUUUCUUGUGCAGUAGAUUCAUUUUUUUGCUUCAUCUUUUAAUAUUGUUAUGGAUGAAGGGUUAGCAAAACUCUAGUAUUGAUUACAGCCGUUAAAAGUUAAUAUUG